AUGCAGCUCCGAUCUGAAUGCAAAGCCAUUCGUGCCGAGCUGUCGCGGGCGUCGAGUGGCGGGCGCGCCGGCCUUGUGUUGACGUGUACUCGGCGCGCGGGCCGCUGCGAGGGCGAGGGCCCGCGCGCCGUCGCUCUGGCUGCAGCUGCUGGGUCCGCCUCUCUCUCACUUAACGCCCCCUCGCCGGAGACGAACGCUCACAGACACCCGGGGCCCGGCUCGGCCCUGCCCGGCCCCAGCCCGCCACCGCCGUCCACUCCUCACUCUCAGCACACGCAUGAGGUCCCUGUCACCUCCGAACCCAUCACCAUCGUCCACAUGGACGAGGACGUAGUGGUCGUUAACAAACCCGCGUCCAUUCCUCCGGAGUCGCUCACCGGCUCCGUGGGCCCAGUGGGGCUCGGCGAGGGGGCGGCGCGUUGGGAAUUAAAAAGCGUGACGACGUAA